AUGCAUAUAUCACUUGAAACUGAUAUACCAGACCAUUGUUGUCAGUUUGCUCUCUCCUCUGACAGUGGAGAGUACAGUGUAGCAUGUUCACACUCCCAUGAUGCUGCAUGUGCAAAUUGUAAUGAUUUGUAUCAUGUAAUUGAAGGAAUCAAACAGGCUGCAGGAGAAGUGGAGUUUGAAAGUGAAGACCAGAAAGAUGACAUUCAAUAUUCUUUGUCUCAGAGUGUAAAGGCGUUGGAAGAAUGGAAAAAGCACUUACUGAGAUCAGUUAAUCAAGAUAGAGCUCGAAGUCAUGUUAUAGAGAAUUUAUCAGAUGGGGAAGUAGUUAUAGAGAGGGAUUGGGCAAUGAAGCUUCUUCCCAUGAUGUACAGGGAAUCACAAUCAAAGUGGCUUGCCAAAAGAGGAAUGAAUUGGCACAUAACAGUUGGCACAUACAUAAUUGAUAGUGUUUUACACAGUCACACUAUUGUCCAUAUAUUUGACAAUGCCAGUCAGGAUGCUGUAACAUCCAAUGCAGUUUUGAAAGAUUCCGUGUUAAAAUUAAAAGAGAAAAACCAAAAUUUGACCAAAGCAUUUAUAAGAUCAGACAAUGCUGGUUGCUUUCAUAGUGUGGAGGCAAUUUUUUGUAUUCCUCUUCUGAAUGAAGUGAGUGCUUUAAAGGUUGUACAAGUGGAUUUCGCUGACCCACAAGGUGGAAGAAGUAUAUGUGAUAGGAGAGCUGCACAUAUCAAAGGGUCCAUUAGAAAUUAUGUAAAUGAAGGGAAUAAUGUCACUACUUCAAAUGAAUUUUUGAGUGCUGUCAUCAAAUCUAACAUUAAGAAUGUUCAAGUUGUUACAGCAACACCACCAUGUGGAAUUAUUGUAAAAAAGGCAGUGAAAAUUAAAGAUAUUACAACUUUAAACAAUUUUCAAUAUCAUGCUGAUUAUGUAUUGGCUUUUAAGCAAUACCAGAUUGGAAAUGGCGUAAAGAUCCUAAACACAUCUGCUCAUAUCUAUGACAAUUUCCCAUCUGUUACAAUUCUGAAAUCAAAUUCUACAGAUGACGUUGUAAAGGUUCCUAAACCAAUAGCUGCUACUGCAUGUACUGAAGAUAUAAAUCCUGCUGUAUCCAACAGAAUGAGCAACAACAAUGAUACCAAUACUCAAAUUGCAGACAAUAGCUCUUUCAUCUUCACCUGUCCGGAACCGCAUUGCCUCCUCACUUUCAUGAGAUAUGGAAAUUUGAGUAACCAUCUUGAUAAAGGUGACCAUCAAUGCAAGACAGAACUGAAAUCCCUGUCAGACAAAUCUAAGGUCGAGUAUGUUAGGCAAAUAGAUACCAAGCAAUCUAUGCUUGUAAGAAGCUCAGUUAAUCCUUCAGCUGAAUGUUCUACCUUAGUUAGAGGAUGGGCCUUAAAAAACAAACGUUCUGUUAAGAGAUUUUCCAGUGAACAGAUUGGGUUUUUGAAAAAAAUGUUCCAAAAGGGGGAAAUGACAGGACAUAAGUAUGACCCCGAGGAGGUAUCAGUUAUGAUGAGAACAAUAAAAAAAAAUGGGAAGAGAAGGUUUUCUCAAGAUUUAUUCCUGACUCCAUCACAGAUUUCGAGCUUUUUCAGCAGACUAUCACUAGAAAAAAGAAAAUCAGCACAAAACAGUUAUGAAAGUGAAGACUUUGUUGCUGAAGAGUAUGAAAACAAUAUAAUUGAUGCCAGAAGCCUGACAAUAAAUAUGAAUUAAUAGUAUAUUGAUACAUGUAUUUUUCAGAUUAAGAAGUUAUUCAAGAUUUUAGGCAAAUACCAUAUAUAUACAUCAAAAGAUACAUAUAUACUGUAGUUCUGUUCAUCUGUCUAAAAGUUGAAUGAUAAAUCAAGUUUACUUUGACUUAAUCUCAUCAAAAUAAAUGACAUUGUCUAGAUUGAUGUUUGCUGGUGGAGCAAUAGCCCCUUUUGACUUUAUUAUUCACUUAAAUAAAGAGUUUCAAGAUUUCAUUCAUGAAAAAUUAUACACCUUUAAUAAUGCACACACAUAUAUGAUGUGUAUAUACAAAAGAAGAUGUGGUAUGAUUGCCAAUGAGACAACUAUCCACAAAAGACCAAAAUGACUCAAAUUUUAGCAACUUUAGGUCACCGUACGGCCUUCAACAAUGAGCAAAACCCAUACCGCAUAGUCAGCUAUAAAAGGCCCCGAUAAGACAAUGUAAAACAAUCUUGUAGUUUUCUUGUAUCCUUUAUAAUUUUACUAUAAAAAAUAUAGGAAAUUCAAAAAUGUUCAUUAAUGUAAGAUAACUGUUGUCUGUAGAAUA